GAGCAUUUCAGCGUGUGUUUACAGGCAGGACCGACUUACUCAGCAAAUCCUGCUCGGAGGAGCUGCAGCCAAUGAAGAGGCCACAUCCCGGCUUGCUUGGGGGCUUCUGAGUUUGAGCUGCAUGCAGAAAUGUAAGGCAGUGCUUCCUGGCUCUGAUGGCAAAAUGGGACCCAUCUCCAGUUAUUCCUCGGGCUCCCCAGCUUUGCAGAUCUGGGAGAGAACCUACAUAAACAUAUUGGUGAUGUAGCCAGCUCUGAAGACCGGGAGAAUCCUUAUGGAUUCAGGAAACUGGUUUUUUAUUUAGAAUUUUAUUUUUUAUUUGGAAGAUGAAAUGCUUCUCUCGUUACCUGCCUUACAUCUUCAGACCUCCGAACACCAUCCUCUCUUCCAGCUGCCACACGGAAGGCUCGGACCAUGGUGCAGUCCCACUGGCUCCCCUGCCCCCCUCUCCUGUGAGACUGGCUGCGGGGAGGGAUCAUGGAUACUUGUCUGCCGGCUUCUGGUUCCCACGCAAGUAAGCCUGCUGUCAAUGGAGGAGGACAUUGAUACCCGCAAAAUCAACAACAGUUUCCUGCGCGACCACAGCUAUGCGACCGAAGCUGACAUUAUCUCUACGGUAGAAUUCAACCACACGGGAGAAUUACUAGCGACAGGGGACAAGGGGGGUCGGGUUGUAAUAUUUCAACGAGAGCAGGAGAGUAAAAAUCAGAUUCAUCGUAGGGGUGAAUACAAUGUUUACAGCACAUUCCAGAGCCAUGAACCCGAGUUCGAUUACCUGAAGAGUUUAGAAAUAGAAGAAAAAAUCAACAAAAUACGAUGGCUUCCUCAGCAGAAUGCAGCUUACUUUCUUCUGUCUACCAAUGAUAAAACUGUGAAGCUGUGGAAAGUCAGUGAGCGCGACAAGAGGCCGGAAGGCUACAAUCUGAAAGAUGAGGAGGGCCGGCUCCGGGAUCCUGCCACCAUCACGACCCUGCGGGUACCUGUCCUGAGACCCAUGGACCUGAUGGUGGAGGCCACCCCACGAAGAGUAUUUGCCAACGCACAUACAUAUCACAUCAACUCCAUAUCAGUCAACAGCGACUAUGAGACCUACAUGUCCGCUGAUGACCUGAGGAUUAACCUAUGGAACUUUGAAAUAACCAAUCAAAGUUUUAAUAUUGUGGACAUUAAGCCAGCCAACAUGGAGGAGCUCACAGAGGUGAUCACGGCAGCUGAGUUCCACCCCCAUCACUGCAACACUUUUGUGUACAGCAGCAGCAAAGGGACAAUCCGGCUGUGCGACAUGCGGGCAUCAGCUCUGUGCGACCGGCACACCAAGUUUUUUGAAGAGCCAGAGGAUCCAAGCAACAGAUCGUUUUUCUCUGAAAUUAUCUCUUCAAUUUCGGACGUCAAGUUCAGCCACAGUGGGAGGUAUAUCAUGACCAGGGACUAUCUGACUGUGAAAGUCUGGGAUCUCAACAUGGAAAACCGCCCCAUCGAGACUUACCAGGUUCAUGACUACCUCCGCAGCAAGUUGUGCUCCCUCUACGAAAACGACUGCAUUUUUGAUAAAUUCGAGUGUGUGUGGAAUGGGUCAGACAGUGUCAUCAUGACAGGCUCCUACAACAACUUCUUCAGGAUGUUUGACCGCAACACCAAGCGUGAUGUGACCCUUGAGGCCUCGAGGGAAAACAGCAAACCUCGGGCUAUACUCAAGCCCAGAAAAGUGUGCGUGGGGGGAAAGCGGAGAAAAGACGAGAUCAGUGUCGACAGUCUGGACUUUAGCAAAAAGAUCUUGCAUACAGCUUGGCAUCCUUCAGAAAAUAUUAUAGCAGUGGCGGCUACAAAUAACCUAUAUAUAUUCCAGGACAAGGUUAACUAGGUGGACAGGUUAUUACUUAAUCUCACAUACUGAAUACUAGUCCAACAAGUUUUUAAAUGUUUCUUUGGGUCUUCAUUUGAUGCAUUGACUUUAAUUUCCCUGUGCUUAAAAACAAUUGGAAUAGAAUUUUAAAAAGAGUCCAACUUUCCCAACUCCCCAGUUCUGAGAAACUUGUCAAACCCAAUAGACUUGGGGCCACUUCUAUUUAGAGUUGAGAGCUGCCAGCUAACAGUAAUUCUUCCAUAGUUGACUUGAAUUCUGAUGCUUUUAUUGCCCAGUUUUCUCUGGUGGGUCCAGUGUUUUGUUUCUAGGUGUCUGCUGCGAUAAAAUGAGGUUGUCUGUAGUAUUUAAGGAAAAAAAGAGAAGUUUUUUUUUUUAAUUAAGCAAUUCCAUUUGAUUGAAAAAAAAAAAUAAA